CCCAGAAGACAAGAAAGGUCUGCUGUGGCCCAGAGGCCGUCUUCAAGGAGCUCUUUUGCUGGCCGCACUAUGGGAAGCUUGUCAUGGGUGAAAUGCUGUCCAUUAAGGUUUACAACUGCAGCAAGGUUUUCAGUAACAGGCUGCUCGGUACCCUUGUCCUCAGCCUUCAGCACCUGAUGACAUCUGGAAGACUAAUCCUGCGUGAGUCCCUUGUGGACAAGAGCAACAGAGUCACUGAUAUCUACAUUGAGUUGGAUUUGCGCUACCAGCCUCCAAAUAGCUCAGCGGGGAGCUGGGUUGAAGAGGAUUUUGUCUAUCUUAUAAAAGACAGUUCGGAGUUAAUCAUCCACAAUCCUGGAUUUGAGCAGCUGGAGACUGCCCAGUGGCUGAGAGCGAAGGAACUGGACAAGAAGGCUGCUGCACUAGGCAGGAAGCUGGCAAAAGGUCUGGAGACUGAUGAAGAAGAGGAAGAGGAGGAAGAUUUCUAUGAUACAUCUGAGAUUGAGGCCUCGGGCAUAAUCUUCAGCCCUGUGAAGAGCCGCUCCAGACUCUGCUCUGCACGGGACCUCUUUGCCAUCCCAACGCCGCAGAGUUUCCAGGUUGGGAUUAAUGUAAUUGAAGCACAGAAGUUGGUGGGGGUGAACAUCAACCCCUUUGUUGUAGUCAAGGUGGGAGAAGAAAAGAGGCAUACGGCAACACAGAAGUCAACAAACUGCCCCUUCUACAAUGAGUAUUUUUUGUUUAACUUCUAUGAGCCAAGGGACAUUUUAUUGCACAGACUCAUAGAGAUCUCGGUUUUUCACUCAAAGAAGAUACCAUUUCUGGGAACUUGCAUAGGAACGUUCAAGAUGGAUGUUGAGACAGUGUACAGCCAGCCAGAUCACAGGUUUUUCCAGAAGUGGGCAGUUAUCAGUGACCCCAUGGACACCCAGGCAGGCGUGAAAGGCUUUGUGAAGUGCAACAUCUCUGUCUCUGCACGCGGGGAUAUUGUGGGCUCCCUUCCCACCUAUUCCAGGAACCAGGAUGAGGACAUUGAAAGGAAUCUGCUGCUGCCUAAGAGAGUCCCUGCAGAGAGACCUUGGGCCAGGGUCUGCAUCAAACUCUAUCGUGCUGAGGGCCUGCCCAGCAUGAGAGCAGGCAUCAUGAGUGGUAUCUCCAAGAUCAUAGGGGAGAGAAAAGUCUUUAUUGACCCAUAUGUGCAGGUCUCAUUCUGUGGGCAGCAGGGGGAAACGUCAGUAGACACCAGCACCACUGAGCCCAAGUGGAACGAGCAGAUCAGUUUCCUUGAGAUGUUCCCACCUCUGUCCAGGAAGAUAAAAGUCCAGGUGCUGGAUGAUGCCAAUGUUGGUGAUGUGGCCAUUGCUACACACUACAUUGACCUGCAGGAGAUCUCAGACCCUGACAGGAAUGGCUUUAACCCCACAUUUGGCCCAGCCUGGGUGAACCUGUAUGGCUCCCCCCAGAACUCAACUCUGCGGGAUGUCCACAAAGACCUCAAUGAAGGCAUGGGUGAGGGCAUCUUCUACCGUGGACGCAUCCUCAUGGCCAUCACAGUGGAGAUCUUCAGCAGCCCCAGUGCAGCAGAGAGGAAGCUUGGGUACCGGAUGAGAGGUGCCCUGAGAAAAGUGAAGCUGAAGAAGAAAAGUAAAAAAUCCAAGGAGAAAACUAAAGAACUGAGCCAGCUGCAGGGAGAGGGGGAGGCUGGGAGCUCUCAGGAGGCUGAGCAGCCCAGGGAGGUCACUGUGGAAGUCGAAGAGCUUCAUCCACUCCCUGAGAAUGCGUUGGGGAGAAAGGAUGAAUUUCUUCUCUUUGCUGCCUUCUUUGAAGCCACUAUGAUGGACUCCUCUCUCAGCUCGAAACCUGUCAACUUUGAAGUCUCUAUAGGAAACUAUGGCAAAUGUGAAGAGGUUGUGACCAAAGGAUGGCAAAAAGUGGAAAAGGGAGAAGUGAAAGAGGAAAGCCAGCCUUUACUGGAUGCUGGUUCAGAUGGUGAGCUGGAUGCUGAAAUGCUGACUCCACCUUUAGCAGCAAUGAACAAAUCAGUUACAAAGAGUCAGAGACCAGAGCCCAUGGAAUAUGACAAGUCAUACAGCUGCCUGCCCAUGACACAUGAAAAGCCCUGCGUGUAUGUAUGGAGCUACUGGGAGGAUCACACCUGGAGACUCUGCAUUUCAAACCGGAUUGUCAAACUGGCAGAGCGUCUGGAGCAGGGGUUGGAUGAUGUGGAGAAGCUCUUGAGAAGACCAAAAGCUAAAGCAGAAGAGCGGCUCAGAGAAGUGCUGGAGGAAUUUGUAGGUGGAUGCAGGCAAUAUUCACUCAGCGCAGAGAGAAAAACAAUGGCUCAUCCAAAUAACCUGGACAGAUGUCGGACAAAAUACCUGAUGCGCAACAUUGUCCUGUAUGCAAAGCAGGGGCUCCGUGUGAGGCGGCACCUGACCCGAGAUAAUGUCAAGGAGAAGAUUAAGGAGACAAGGAGGAUCCUGGCAAAGAUACGUUCCAUGGCUAAAGAGCCCCAGUGCACUCUCCCUGAUGUACUCAUCUGGAUGCUCAGCAACAACAGGCGUGUGGCAUAUGCCAGAAUUCCUGCACAAAACAUCCUCUACUCAGUAGUUGAAGAGGAGAAAGGCAAAGACUGUGCAAAGAUCCAGACGGUCUUUAUGAAGGUUCCUGGCUUACACACUGGUGAGAUCUUUGCCAAACUGGAAAUCUACAUGUGGCUUGGGGUAACCAAAUAUGUGAAAAACUGUUUGGCAGAGUUGCCUGAGGAGUUCCUUUCCGAGAGUGAGCAGGAGACAGCCCAGCUCUCAGCAUAUAGCCCUCCCGGCCGGCUCAGCAGGGAUGACUUCAGCUAUUUCCAGCUCCGAGCCCAUCUGUAUCAGGCUCGAGGGAUCCUACCUGCAGAUGAUAAUGGCCUUUCAGAUCCAUUUGCAAGAGUGGUGUUUUCAACUCAUUGCCAGACCACCAGGAUGCUGGAGGAGACACUGAGCCCUAUGUGGAAUGAGCUACUUUUGUUUGACCAGCUCAUUAUUGAUGGGAAGAAAGAAGAGUUGAAAACAGAGACCCCCAUCAUUAUAAUCAACCUUUUCAGCCACAAUAAAUUUGGCUCCCCUGAGUUCCUUGGGCAGGCCUUUGCUGUCCCACAGGUGAAGCUGGUUGAUGAGCCAUACACCAAACCCUCCCUGCAGUUCUUUGACUUCUACAGAGGCAGCAAAGCAGCGGGAGAGCUCAUUGCCACUUUUGAGCUGAUCGAACUCGAUUACAGUGGCUAUUUGGAGCCAUCAGUGCCUGAGGAUGUGGAGCCCAAGGAGCCAGACUACCUGGAAGACCCUCGUGCGGGACGGUUCAUCAUCCCUGAGGGCAUCCGCCCAGUACUGAAGGAGUUUCGCAUAGAGAUCCUGUUCUGGGGCCUGAGGGACCUGAAGAGAGUGAACUUGUUUGAGGUGGAUGAGCCUCAGGUGAUCAUUGAAUGUGCUGGCAAGAAGGUGGAGUCAGAGGUUAUUGCAUCCUACAAAGAGAACCCCAACUUCACUGAGCUGGUCAAAUACAUGGAUGUGGAGCUCCCAGAGCAGGUGUACCUGCACCCUCCCCUCAGCAUCUUUGUGGUGGAAAAGCGUGCGUUUGGGCGCACUGUGCUUGUGGGUAGCCAUGUCGUGUCCGAUGUGAUGAAAUUCUCUCCCAGAGAGUUGGAGGAGGAACCAGAGGAUGUGCCCAAGGCUUGCAAUGUCUCAUCUCACCGUCUUCCAUCUCAGACUGUGGUAAACACUGGACUGACAGCUGGUGACCCGGGUUCCAGCACUCACCCCCUUAGUUUUGUGAAGGCUCCUUCGAAGAAAAUUCCUAUCAAUAAGCUUGUAAAGAAGGAAGAUGAAUAUGAAGAGGAAAAACCAGAACUGGAAGAACUGGAUUGGUGGUCCAAGUACUAUGCGUCCCUGAAAGAACUGUAUAACCAGGCAUGCAGUGAUGAGGAAGAUGCUGAGAAUGAUGACCUGAAUGAUGCAGAUGGAGGGAAUUUAAAUGCAUCUUUCAUUGACAUGGAAGCAGAGGAUGAGGCAGUGAUUGAAACUGAACCUGCUCAACUGAAGAGGAAGCUCAUUGCCACCCUUCAGAUCUACAACUCUGAGCUGGAACAUGAGUUUGGUAAUUUUGAAGACUGGUUGUGUAUUUUCCCCCUUCAUCGUGGCAAAGCAAAUGAAGAUGAAGAUGGAAAUGAGGAUGAACACUAUGUGGGGAAGUACAAGGGCUCCUUCUAUGUCUACCCCAGUGAGGAAACUGUUACAGAGCCCAAGGUCUCCCAGGGAAUUCCAAGGAAUAGACCCAUCAAGGUUCUUGUAAGAGUUUACAUUGUUAAGGCCACAAAUCUCUCUCCAGCAGACCCCAAUGGCAAAGCAGACCCCUAUGUGGUGGUGACUGUGGGGAAGCAGCAGAAGGACACUAAGGAGCGAUACAUUCCAAAGCAGCUCAAUCCUGUGUUUGGAGAGUAUGCAAGAAGGUUUCAUCUAGUGGGUUUAAUAAGAACAGUGCAAAUCUGGGGCUUGAAAUGUGGUUCAGCAUGUAAGGUCUUCUGUUCCUUUCUGAUGGAGAAUCUUGUGCUUUUACACAAAGCCCUUGGGCACGUCUCUUUGCCUCCAGCUAACUCAGGAGCCAUCAUGCUUUGGGUUAGGAGAGUUGUGGAGCUGACAGUCUCCUUUCCCAUGGAAUCAGAACUCACUGUGGCAAUAUUUGAUCAUGAUUUGGUUGGAUCUGAUGAUCUGAUUGGGGAGACCAAGAUUGACUUGGAGAAUCGAUUCUACAGCAAGCACAGGGCCAACUGUGGAGUGGCUACACAGUAUGACUUAAAUGGCUACAACAUGUGGCGAGAUGCUUUUAAACCCACACAAAUCUUGGAUAGUUUAUGCAAGAAAAACUCAAUCCCUGCUGCAGAGUACAGAUGGGAGGAGAUCAAAGUGGACAAUAAAAUAUUCAAGGUCCCUCCAGAGGCUUUUCCUGAAGAGGCUUCUGUGAGGAACAAGAGAGGAGUGGCAGAUGAGAACUUGUCGCUGGAUGUUGAACAUAAGGCUCUGUACGUCCUGCAGCACUGGGAAGAGAUGCCAGGAUAUGGGUACAAGCUAGUACCAGAGCAUGUGGAAAUCCGGUCUUUGUACAACCCGGAGAACCCCGGGCUUGUGCAGGGCUCCUUGCACAUGUGGAUCGACAUGUUUCCAAAUGAUGUCCCUGCACCACCGCCCGUCAACAUCAAACCACGACUGCCUGUCAGCUAUGAGCUCCGUGUGAUUAUCUGGAACACGGAUAAUGUGAUCCUUGAUGAUGUCAACCCAGUAACAGGAGAGCUUUCCAGCGACAUCUACGUGAAAAGCUGGAUAAAAGGUCUUGACCAUGACAAGCAGGAGACAGAUGUUCACUUUAACUCCUUGACUGGGGAAGGCAAUUUCAACUGGAGGUUCAUCUUCCGCUUCAAUUAUCUCCCAACUGAGAAGGAGAUCACCUACAAGAAAAAGGACUCUGUCUUCUCCAUGGAGGAAUCAGAGUUUCGGGAACCGGCUGUUCUGGUCCUCCAGGUCUGGGAUUAUGACAGGAUUUCAGCUAACGACUUUCUAGGCUCCAUCGAGUUGAAGCUGCAUGACAUGGUGUGGGCAGCCAAGAGCUCUGAGCAUUGCACCAUCAAAAUGGCCAAGGAGAAUGCAACACCUCGAUUCUCCAUUUUCCGAUAUAAGCGCAUGAGGGGCUGGUGGCCCUUCAUCAAACUCAGAGAUCAAGAAGAUGACGAGAGACAGGAAAGAGAGUACAAGAAGAAGAAGAAAACGAAGUGGAGCAGCUCAGUCAGACCAGAGGACAUGGAAUUCACAGACCCCAGUGGGAACAAGUAUUUCUUGACGGGUAAGGUGGAAGCAGAGUUCCAGCUGCUGACUGUGGAGGAGGCUGACAAAAGUCCUGUUGGCUUGGGCCGAAAAGGGCCUGAACCCCUGGAGAAGCCCAAUCGGCCCAAAACAACUUUCAACUGGUUUGUGAAUCCCAUGAAGACCUUUGCGUUUUUUAUCUGGAAGCGGUACAAGAGAUACAUAAUUGUGCUGUUUGUUGUCACUGUUCUGACAAUCUUCCUGGUUCUUUUGGUCUACACCAUGCCUGGAUACAUCAGCGAGAAGAUCAUUAAUGGAUAAAUGCUCUUCAGCAGAGAACUAUUCAAGGAUGGGUGAUUGUGGCAGGAGUCAAGAUCAGAAAGCUUGAUGAAAACCUGCAGGUGCAGAGACAGCCUAGAGAGACAGAGACCUGCAGAAGUGAGCUUUGUUUUCCUUGUGAAUAAAAACUCCUUAGCUACUCUCUCCGAUGCUUGCGUUUUUUAGCUGCUUUCUGGAGCUGGGGGACAACCUAUUUAUUUGUGUGGUACAGGCUGAUCCUGGUUCAGCAGUCCUCACUACUGCCCCUUUGCCCUUCUUCCUGAGUAGUACAGCAGCAAGGACUACACUGGGACAACAUGGGUUCACGAGUGUGCAUCUGUGUUUGGUGUUGGGCUGACGUAAACUAAAUGAGAAAAUAAAUUCAUAAAUUGUUCUUGGCAUGGUUUGUGGUGCAUCAGGUUUCCUGUUAUCUGCACAGACAAGCCCUGACAUGAUCUGAUCCCAGUGGAGGUAUUUCAACCAGGGUUUUGAGAGGACAGAUUCCUUCUGAGUAGUGCAGGUGAUGCUUAGUGGGACCGCAACUUUUCCAAAGAAUUUAUCUGACUAUGCAGUUUUAUAGCAAAGGUGCUUGCAUCAUGGCCAUUUGAAUGGGGCAAGAACAGAGUAUGUUUUGUGGAGAAAACUGUCUGGGCAGAGCCAGGCAGGUAGAUGUGAAGCAGGUGAGGACUCUGGCUGGACAUGAACCCAGAAGUCAAUGUGUGGCAGACAUGAUGUUCCCCCAGUGAGUCUAGAGUUCAGCCAUGGAGUGGGGACCCCAGAAUAGCAAAGAGGGAGGCCUCUCUCCCUCUAGGGGACCUUUGGCCUGCAAGGUGGGGGUGAAACAGGCUGCAAAGGGCUCAGGUCAUGCAACACCUGCUUGGGGCUACAGCAAAGCCCUGGGCUGUGACAGUGCUGCAUCGCUCCCUGUUUUUCUGCAGGGCCUAUUUAUUUAGUGGGAUGUUGCCUUCAUAAAUAAUGCCUGGUCCUCUCUGGUAGUGCCCAGCGAGCCCCAGCAGCGAUUGUUCCAUGCAAACAAACUCAGUGCGCUCCAGCACAUCCAGUGCACACCUCCAGAGAGCCCUCUUGGCUCUUUCAGCCAUGCUCAACCACAUUUCCCACCACACCACCUGUUGAAACGCUGGCAUUGGUGUCCUUCUCAUAGCAGAGAAACCGAGUGGAUUUUGGUGUCUUUUUUCUUGUUGGUUCUGCUUUCCCCGAGGUCUGGGCCGGCGCAGUGGCUCCCGCGGCUCCCGCAGCUCCUGGCCGACGGUCUCCUGUCGAUUGUCGGAUCUCGGACCAAAACGAAGGAGAACAGUUCAGGAUAAAAUACCGAAAAGCCGCUGGAGGAUUCCUGCCGCAGUCUCGCCAGGCCAGGGAAAGGGGGAAAAGGAAACUUGUUGCUUAAGCUAACAAAAAACUCAAGCUACCUAAACAACAAAGUACCACCUAAUCUGCCU